AUGCUUUAUUUCUUGAUUUUGCUAUCAAGUUUAUCUGUUCAAAAUGCGUUUUAUUUAUUAAAUACAGAAGACAAUGACAAUGUGGAGUAUUAUGAUUGUAUCUUGUUGGAAAAUGUUCCCUAUUGUCGACGACCCGAUUUUCCUGUUAGUUUAAAUCGGGAUAAUGGUACAGUUCAGUGUUAUCACGGCGGUACUCUCAAAAGUUUUGAAACACUACGUCGUGCAAAGAGAACACCAAACUCGAUUAUCCAUAGAUCUCGUUCAAGCAUAGAAAAAGGUGAAGAAUAUGCUCUUUACUUGGCUGGUCAAAUGAAUUCUAGUUCUCUCUGCGAAUGUCGAACGCGGAGUUUCGGAAAAAAUUGUGAAUAUCAAAUAAUUGGUGGCAAAAAUCACGUAACAUUUGCAGAUAGUCGCACAUGGCAAAAUGAUGAAAAGAAGAAAAAUCGCUUUCAUAUGCAUGCCUACCAAAAGACUUUAUGUUAUACAACCCUUACAUGUGAUUAUGGACUGCUCUGUAUAGAUUGGCGUGAUAUCUGUGACGGACGACAACAAUGCAUGAAUGGAACUGAUGAAGAAGCAUGUGAUCUUCUUGAAUUCAAUGAAUGUGAAGAUGAUGAAUAUCGUUGUUCCAAUGGAAUGUGCAUACCAGAAAUAUACUUUCUUGAUGGUGAAUAUGAUUGUAUGGAUUAUUCUGAUGAACGACAACCAUUUGAUCACAGUACAUGUGCCUAUCAAGCAGACACUUUCAAUUGUGACGAACAUAUAUGUUCCAUCACUCAAUGGUCAUGUGGAGAGGGUCAGUGUAUUGAUGAGAAAAAUCGAUAUCAAUGGCAAGAAUCUUCUAUAACGAAAAUAACACAAUGCCAUUCAAUGCGUGAAUAUAUGUUUAUGUGCGAACUUAGUCAUCAUUAUAAAAUGUGGACAUCGAUUAAUGGUACAUGUUAUACUUUAACUGUUUUCAAUGAAAUCAAUGAAGGAUGGAACAAGCGCAAUCUAACAACGGAUGAAUAUAGUCAAUAUUUAAUCAAAUGUGCUCUCUCGGAUGGUCUAGAACAAGGUUGUGCUUGCAAAGGACAAACUUGUACGCAACACAUAGCUAAGAGCAGUUCAUCUUCGAUCAAGUAUCCAUCGAGAGGACUGUUGGCUCCUUAUCUAACUGCUCAUUAUAAUAUCGAUCGAAAAUGGCCUGGAAAUAAGCAACCUGAUUUUUAUAUGCUGAAGGGAAGUAUUAGAUGCCGUGGAUAUACUGCACAGAUACCUGCUGAUCAGCCUAUUCGGUUAGAAAACUCCAUUGAUAUGACUUAUAUGGCACUUGAAAACAUGUUUUGCAAUAUUUCACAAAUUGUGAUAUAUGGAGAUGAAUCUCAAUUCCACGCCUUAUGCUACACAAAUAAUUCACGCACGCUGGGAAAAGGAUUACCAUAUGCAUUCGUCGAUGUAUGCAAACAAUGUAUUUCACAAUAUCGCAUUAAUGAUGGUAUACGGAAUUGUCAUAAUGGUGAAGAUGAAUUACUACAACAAAAAAACACUUGUACUAAAAGUGUUCGUCGUCACAGAUUUCGUUGCUCCUAUGAACAGGAUACAUGUUUGGUUGUGGGAACCCUCGGCGACUCUGUUAAACAUUGUAAUCAAAGUAAUGAUGAGUAUGUCUCUGGGAGAGGUCGAUCUCUAUCAACAACAGUGUGUGCGCAGGUUAACGAUGAUGGAUGUCGUUUCUUAGUCGAGUAUAUCUUGACUUCACAAAAUAAUUUCAACAGUAGCAGAGAAAUGAGUACAAAAAUUCAAAUGCCCUUUCGUUUUUACUGCAAUACUUUUUGGAAUUUAGCAGAUAAAUUUGAUGAAUCAUUGCCAGUAUGUCAGAAUUGGACAUGUGCCCAAGAUGAAUAUCAAUGUAACAAUGGUCAAUGUAUACAGAAGAAUUACAUGUGUGACACUGAAUGGGACUGUGCUGAUGGUUCUGAUGAAUUAUUUUACAUCGAGCAUCUCAGUUAUCAUAAUAAAUUGAUCAAUCUGACACAAAAUCAAACAGCAUGUGCUAUGGACAAAAAUAUCAAAGCACAGCUAUUCGAUAAUGUUUGUAAUACUUCUUCAGAAUAUGCAUGCCUCUUGAUUAACUUCACACAACAAUCAGAUGUUCGUUUUACUCGUCCAUGUAUUAAGAUUAGUCAAAUAGGCGAUAAUAUAAUUGAUUGUUUAGGUGGCCUUGAUGAAAGAAAUACUCUCACUCAUUGUUCUGGUAUGGGCCCACUUGGCUAUGCUUUUCAAUGUCGAUCAACGCCAAAUGUGUGCAUCGAAGAUCAUUACUUAUGUAGAAGCACAAGUCGAUGUUCUGACUACAACGAUGACAUGGCGCUAUGCGGACAUCACGAUAAAGAAUGCUCUCAUUUAACAGAUGCACUCUGCAUUAAUGGCACUUGUCUUAAGCAUGCUCGAUGUAAUGGAAAGAUCGAAUGUGACUAUGGUGAAGAUGAAUAUUGGUGCAGAACAAAUACGAUAUCAACUGACUCAAUGCAAUAUCGUCUGUCGAAACGGUUGGCUCAAUUGAAAAGAAACAGAUACAUUGGAUUACCAAAGUAUCCAGCUACAAGUAACAGAACGAAAACUACCGUUAUUGAACAACAAAAAGCUACUCCCAAACAAAGUGUUAUUGUGGAUUCAGAUCCUUCGAUUGCUUCAUUCAUAUGUAAUCGUGGAGUUGCUGUUUCUUAUCAUACAAAUACGACUAUAUGCUUCUGUCCUCCAUCAUAUUACGGAGAAUAUUGUCAAUAUCAUAGUGAUCGUAUUACAAACUAUGCUUAUCUUAAUGUUUCACAUUCUUCUUAUGCACAACCAACAAUAGAUAAAAAUAUCACGAUCAAAGUACUCGUUCUUCUCAUGCAUGAAAAUCAAAUCAUUCAUAAUCGUCAAUUUCAUAUUCGAUCUGCCAUCAAUUUUCAUGUUCUGGUCAAGAGAAACCAUCAUUUAAUCUACUCAAGAGAAGCAAAAUUACUCGAAGAGAAAAUACGUCGUCGAUCAAAUCGUAGUUUAAUCAUUGAUAAUAAUUUGUAUUAUCUUCGAUACGAAGCUUAUGAAUUGAAACCUGAUACAUCUAUACGCAUUGCGGGUGUAUGGCAAUAUCCUCUGUUCUUUGACUUUCUGCCUUCAUUUCGCUUCGCAAAAAUACUUCGUUUUCAUGAACAACGAUCAAAGUCAUCUCUCUCGCCUUGUCAACCAAAUCCAUGCAACUUCUCCAAUGCUAAAUGUCAUAUUUUGGAAAAUGAUUCUAAAAAGUAUGUGUGUCUUUGUGAUCCAGGUUAUUCGGGUAAACGAUGUUCGAUUCAAGAUCAGUACUGUACAAACAACUUUUGUCAUUCCAGUUCAUUGUGUAAACCCACUUACAUGGGUAGUACAGCAGGUAGUCGUUUACCUUUCUGUCUUUGUCCUCUUAAUGUUUACGGAACAAGAUGUGGUUUAGUUUAUGACCAGUGCUGGAGUAAUCCGUGCAAGAAUAAUGGUACAUGCUAUCCAAGUACAAGUAAUUUUACAAAAAUAUACUGUGUUUGUAAUGAAGAUUAUUAUGGAGAUUCUUGUCAAUUUCGAAAAGGAGCACUCGAUCUUGUAAUCCAUGCAAGCAAUAUAAGUGAAGUAUCAGUGGUACAAUACUUCUACAUUGAUAUUAAGACCCUAUACCUUGUUGUUGAAUAUCAAGAUGUAUUUAAACAAACUCCUAAUCGUCUUCACCAUCAUUACGCUGAUGUAUUUGCCCCCGAUAUUGUACUUCUGAAGAGUUACUCAGAAGAAAACACCAAACAUCCAAGAAUCUUUCUCAUGUCGUUAGCAAUGAAGGAGAAGAAAGUGAACUCAUCGAUCAUGUUAACAGACGAAAACUUGUGUAUUAAUCUUGAAGACACACUGCAAAGUAUUCAACCUCAUCAAUAUCACAUGAUAUGUCGCAAUAGUUCAUCUUCAGUUCGUCCUCUAUGUUUCUUUGAUGCUCAGUAUCUAUGCUUUUGCGAAAUUGAUUACUAUCGAGCUGAAUGUUUCAUUUACGAUCAUCAUCUUGAUCAAUGCAAUCAAUGUUUCUCCAAUGGACGAUGCAUUCAAGGUGAUUUGAAAAAUGACAGUGACUUUCUAUGUAUAUGUCCAAAAUGUUAUGAAGGUCUUCGAUGUCAAUAUAGUACUGAACAAUUUUCCUUUACAACCGAACAACUAUUCAUGCAUCAUCUAUUAUCACCAAUGAAGAAUAUAAGACAGUUAGCAUUCUAUUCUAUCAUUAUUGUUGCAUGCAUUUUUUUUAUCAUUGGUACUUUUAAUAAUCUAUUGACAUUUGUCACAUUUUAUCGAUCAAAAUUUUUACGAACUGGAGUGGGAAAUUAUCUAUUGAUGGGAACAUUGCCGACGAUAAUACCUAGCCAACAAACUAUAUCGGAAACAAAUGAAAAUGGACCUGUUGGCCAAAAUGAAUCGAUGCCUUCGUCUCCUUCAAAUGUUGAUCAUGCGCAAUCAAAUAGUAGAUGGAACUUUUUCCGAACGGUUUUACAUGAAAAUGUAGAUCUAAUCUUUGGUCCAGCAAUAACGAUCGUACCUCAAUUAUUUUCCUUGCCUCAAUUAAUUCUUUCUAGUGUAAUGAGUUGUCAUAAUUUUGGUAGUUCCAUCGUGACAUAUAUACUAAUGAUAUCAUUCUUUAUUUCAUUCAUUCCUCAAUUAAUCAGUUUUCGCCUUUAUGUCAAAUCAUCAACUGUUUAUUAUACUCAUUUUUGUUCAACACCAAUCGGCAAAAAAAUAAUUUGGUUAAAAAACUUUUGCCGAUGGGGUACGAAAAAACAAUCAACUGAUUUGGAAUUAACUCAACGUGGUCUUUCGAGUGCAAUUAAAUUGGACAACAGUACCAUUACUAAAAAUACUCGUCGAUAA